AGGCGCUUCAUACUGACGUCACGAGGCGCGCGGAAGUUUCAAAUCUCGGGAACAUGGAGAACUCGGCCAGCCGGCUGUUGGACUCUGUAAUAAGGGCUUCAUGUUUGGACCAGAAUCACAGUGAAGAUGGUGAAAUCUCAACUAAAGUGUUAGUGGAUUAUUCAAUGGAACGGCGCCGCAAGCAGAAAAUGCUGUGCAGCCAGCUCCAAGUACUGCGUUUCCUUCUGGAGUUUUUGGAGAAAGCGGAUACCGCGAACUGGGAGGAAACGAGCCCCGAGAUACUGAACCGUGAGGUGAAAGAGGUAAAACAGAGUUGGAAGUUGCUGAAGGCAGAGUACCAUGAGAAAGUAAAGGACAUUAAGGAAUUACUCCCCGAACUCCUCCAGAAACAACAUCGUCUGCGCCAGGGCAAAGAGCGCCUGGAGUGUGCGCUCCAACAGUACCGGCAGCAGAGGGAAAUGGCAGAAGCUAUGCUGAAACAACAGACAGAGAAGGAACUGCAGAUUUUACAGGAUCAUGUGGUGAAAAAGGGGAAAUGUUUAGAUCUGUGCCAGACUCGUAUCCACGACCUGGAGAAAGAGAUCCGAAGACUUGAGGAGUUUGUAGACACCUGGAUCCAAGCUGUGCUUUGGGACUCCACAUUCUGCAGCCUCCUCCGGACCCUGCAGGGCGUGUGCUUGGUGUCUGUUGGGGAGAGUGAAUUGAUUUUAGACCUCGUUGUGGAUCAAAUGCCAGAAACUCCUACCAUGCGGCUGAACAUGUGCUGGACGUCACAGGGUUCCUUGCAUGUGAAGACUGACGAAUCGGUGCCUGUCCCACCCCAGGAACUGCUGACUGACUCUGAGUCCUACCUGCUCUAUGUGAUCCUGGAGGUGCAGUGCUGGUACCACAGCCAGGCACGGGUCCUAAGGGAGCUUGGUGCGUUACCAAAGAGAUUUGCAAUUGACUGGAACCCUGCAGAGCGAACCCUGGGGUUUCUGAAGGGGGACACUCGCUACAUGCUACUUAUUGAUCCUGGUUAUCCAGUCAGCGGGGGUGUACAGCUGUGCGUCUUAAAGGAGAAUCAACAAGAAUCCAUUCCGGACACCUUCAAGCCCCCCGUAAAGAAUCCUUCAUUGACAGACUGGCUGGAAUAUCUGCAGAACGCCAUCAUGUAAACGUAGAAUUUCCUCCCAGGCUGUAAUAGAGAAUAUUCAUUCUGCCAGUCAGAUUGUCAACAUGUGCGUAUAGGAAAAGCUAGCCUUUAGACACUUUUUUGGCAUCAAGUAUGAAUCCUGGAGGAUGCAUCCUCUUCUGUGACAAUACGGCAGAUUCCCGAGGCUUCACAGGACGGUGUCAAAGUCUGCCCCAGGAAGUGCUGCAGAGAUUAGUGUCUGGUGCCCCUCCCCUGCAGUACUCCACACCCAGUGAAGGCAGUAUUAACUGGGGCAAGGGACAGUCACUGCCCUUCAUGUUGCUUCAUCCUGUUUAUAGCCAGUAUUUCUUAUCAUCUUCGUCUCUUUUCACAAUCUUUCUCCUGGCUGCGGAUCGUGAUCGGUCAGGCUGUAUUCAUACAUUUGUGAUGGUUACUACUACUUUGACAAAUAUAAUAAAUGUUGAUUUAAGAAAAAAAUA